AUGUUAUCAGUUUCUUCUUCUUCUUCUUCUUCUUGGCAAGCUCUGAGCCGACUCGGCGCUCUCUCUGUGCCCUCACACAGUCACCACCGAUCAUCGGUGCCGUCGCCGGCGACACACUCCCAGCCUCUCUUCCAUUGCUCUCUCACAGGCUUCCGAGACAUUUCUCCGACUACUUCGCCGGCCAAAUCCAACGCCGUUUCGUUCACAAGUACGGACACCACCAAAAUAAAUGAUCAAAAGAAUGGUGUUCAAGGAAACAGAGGCGAAGAAGGUGAAGAGGAAGAGGAGGAAGAAGAAGAAGAAGGAAAAGGGAUUUCUAGAAUACGAGUUCCCAGACAGAAAUACAUCACCAUUUCCAAAGCCGAGCUCUUAGACGGCAUCGUUUCGAACAUGUUCGACUCUGACGCUGAUGAUACCAAGCACUUUCUUCUCCUUUCCUCUUGCUUGGAUUCCAUACUCCAUGCUGAGCGCAAGAGAAUUUUGGAAGAAAUGCGUGCUGAUUAUUUCGUUUCUCAUCGCACUGAGAAUGGGCAAAGGAAACAUGAAGGUCGCCGAAUCCAAAUGGGAAAGUUGUGGAGUUUUUCACAGCGUUUAGAUAUAUUUUCAAUGAAUUGGGUUCUUGGAGCUUUUGCGAUAGGGACACUUUUGGCGAGUGUUACUUACCAUGCUUUCUUUCUCUCUUUUCACAGUGUUGCUGUUGCCACUCGUUUUCAACGUGCUUUCAUGCAACUACUUUAUGAUGCUCAGUUUGAAGAAUUAUCAGCCAGGGAUUUGAUGCUGACAUCUGCACUGAACUCAGAUUAUCUCCUCACUUUGCCUACAUAUAUUGAUUGGAAGAAAGCAUCAGAAUCCAAUGCAAUAAUAUUCAGGUUGUUAACUGAGGCUUUCGAUGAUGCUGGGAAAACACAAGAAGCGCAAGAGUGGACUAAGAGGUUGAAGCUCUGGCUAAAGGAUUAUCUUCUUUUUGAGCAGUCAUUUCAAUAUGAUGAAAGGACUUCUGAUGGUCCACUAGGAGUAGACCAACUAUCAGAUAGGGAUCUUCCUAUUUGGCUGGCAGCACAAAGGGCAGUGUUUCGUUAUGAAGUAUUUUUGUCACCAGUUGGUCCACGGGGAAGGCUCUUAAGGAAGUUGCUUACUUGGAUUGGACUUAUUCCUCCUACUCCAGGAACACCAUUUGACGUUGACAGUGAUGCUAUUGCUUCUGAACCUAAUACAAGGUUUGUAGCAGUACUUUUUUCAUUGCCUUCAUAUUUCAUCGUGGCCGUUCUUAAUAUUUAA